AUAACGACAUUCUUAUGUACAGCGACGGUGUAAACUGUUGUACGAAUUUAUGUCACUUAUCGUGAUUCGCUUCAUGCACAAUACCUAGAUACUAGUGUUGACGAAUCGAAACCAACCUUAGUUUGUAAAACGAAAGUAGGAUCGUGCGAUAAAAAAGCUAUGCCUAAGAAGAAGAAAUCACGGACACAGGAAAGCAAACAGGUUCCUUCAGUUACAACACAUGGGAACUUAGAACUAAGAAAAAUGGAAGAUAUACCAGAUGAGAACGCCUUGGAGAAAAUAAAAGAAAAAUUGUUGAAUGAACAGCCAGAGUUUCGUCAAAUGUUUCAGUAUAUGGAAAAGCGUAGUAGAGAAGGAAUCAAUCAAGCGCAAGAUUCUUCUGUCGUUUUUACAAAUCGUAGAGGAUAUGUUAUACCAGAGCUGUUAUUGCAAUAUCCUGAUUCACCAACCGCAAAAUACACAUUGGAAGCAUAUGGUCAUUACUUGUACGCCUUUGAUAUCUUAUGGAGUUACAAGAAACCAAGGGUUCUUCUACAGAGUGAUUGUGAUUAUUUAGAGCCUGGACUUCACCACUUUAUUGAGGGAUUCAUGAUGGCACAGUAUAUGCUUCAGCAAUUUCCAAUGGUUCCAUCCUUUACAGAUUUGGUAGAAGAUUAUCUAAAGUUAAGACCGAAUGACAUUUUAGUUGAAUAUAUCUACGUGAAAGCUUUAGUCACAGAGAAAUCAAAAUCACUGCCCGAUUAUGAACGAUGUAAAGAAAUAAUUCCGAGCCUUUUGAAAAUUUUGUUCAAUAAAUUCGCUUCCAAAAAUAAACAUCAGAAUACAAGCCAAACGAAUCCUUAUGAUUUCAUAUUUAUAUGUUGGGAGCAAAAACUAUUACAUCGACAGACCCAAAAUGAAACGAGCCUUUUGGAUGCAUUUGAGAAAUGUUUAUGCUUUAGAUGA